AUGAGUCAAGCAGGUGCCGCUACUUUUGUAGAUGCUGAUUGUCAAUGCACAAUACUCACACAACCACAACAACUGAAUUUUCUUCGUUUAGAUUUAUUAAAGCAAAAUGAUACUCUGCAAGAAUUGAAUACAUGGCCUACAAAGGAAGUAGUUUUGAAACACAUGCCAAAAUCGUUCAGGGAGUCAUUUCAAACCACCCGUGUGAUUUUGGAUGCUACUGAGAUUGAAAUCGAGAAACCAACAAAUGUAAAUUCUCAAAGCAGCACUUUUUCAACUUACAAAAACAAAAACACAUUAAAAUCAAUGAUUGGAAUUACUCCAAAUGGAUUGGUAUCGUUUGUGAGUCCGGCUUAUGGUGGGUCUGUGAGCGAUCGACAAAUUAUUGAGAAUUGCAAAAUUUAUCAAAAUGCACCAAAUUUUUUUAUACCAGGAGAUAGCAUUAUGGCUGAUAGAGGGAUUUUAGUCCAGGAUUUAUUCGCACCAUUUGAUGUUUGUGUCAACACGCCGACAAUGCUGAAGGGCAAGCACCAGUUGGAUGCCACACAACGAGUACAUGAUCGAAGAGUUGCUUCCCACCGGAUUCAUGUUGAAAGACUGAUUGGUCUUAGCAAGACUUAUAAAAUUCCUGGACACCCAUUAAGCCCUCAGAUGACUGCUAUUGGAUCGAGAAUUAUUUAUAACAGUCUGGCUAAGAAGUAA